GGGGGGGGGGGGGGGGGGGGGGAGGAGCGACACGGACCCCAACUGGCGCUGAGUGGACUGGCAACUGGACCUGCCACUACGCUUCCAAUGCUGGCAUUUGUUAUGGGCGUGCAUUCCCGAUAACGCCUAGCAGAAUCCGAUGUAGUUCCCGUGUUGGUCCAGCGCAUAUACCGCGUGGCCCGUUUUAGGAGCCAAUACACCUAAUAUACACAUACGUAGAUACUGUCAUAGUAUUUUCUACCCAAGCUUCUAUUCUCUGCUCCCCACGUCUCGUCAAUUCAACCCACUUACUUUGGAAAGUCGAGCGCUUUUUACAUCCGCGUCACAGAUGUCGUUUCCUUUUUGCUUCAGAGAAUCUGGUUCUGUUGAACUACGUCGGUCGUGGCUUUUGCCCCUCCUCGCUCGAGCCCGACCUUCACGUCCCUGCAGUUUAGCCUUCUUCUUCAAUACCCUCCUGCCGCUGGCGGAUCGGGGUGUGGCGGUUGCCAAGGCGGCUGCCGCUAAUAAGUUCUCUCGAAAAGUGGGUGCCAGCGGUGCUGGCUCAAGACCGUUUGUGCCACUGUCUGCCAUCCUGAACUCUGGUGUCAUCCUUGCCCGUCAGACCUGGGAAGUCCUGCUUACUUUCACCCGGAAGCCGCCCUCCCGAUGGUCUGACCUAGUUGACUCUGGCCUGGGUGGUCGACUCGUAAACGGCCUGAUCAACUCAAAGGCCAUCCGUCCAAUCAUAUUGUCGGCUCUGAGGCGCUUGGUUUCAUUUGCAAACACAGAGGGUAGGGUUCUCCUCUCCAUCCUAAAUCGAAAUUGCUGCUGCUAUGCGAAUUUUCUUCUGUGA